AUGCGUUCCCUCUCACUCAUCGGUCUGCCCUCUUCGCUCCUGCUUCUCAUAGCAGCCCACGUCAACGCAGAGCACCCAGCAGCCAUCCGCAAAAUGCCACCAAACGCCGGCGAGAAGCUCCUGCCCGACGACCUUGCCUUUGCCGACGACAUCUUCACCACCCCGCUCUCACCCCGCGAGGAGCUCGUCGCCGCCCGCAUGGCUGACGACCCGCUCCUCUACAACGCCUCAUUCCCUUACCGCCCGCCCUUUGCGGAGCACUUUGACAGCGCCAACCAUGGCUGGCAGCACCUACGGCGUGCCGCCGAGGUUCUUCAUAUCCUCGAGAGCAGACAGUCAUGCCCUGCGAACAUGAACAGCUGCGACAAUAUUGGCUCGCCGAACAAGUGCUGCAUGAGCAAUGAGGUGUGUGUGAGGGUCCAGGAUCAACGGGUCGGGAACGUCGCCUGUUGUCCGCUGGGUGCUUCAUGCAGUGGAGCCGUAGGAGCAUGUCCCAGCGGCACGACGAGCUGUGACGCUGAGCUCAGUGGUGGAUGUUGCAUUCCGGGUUACGUCUGUCAAGGUGUCGGCUGCACCGCCACAACGAGGAGAACCACGACCACCACCGAAAACCCCGGCGAGACCCCGACGACUUCGGGCGCCUCGGACGCUGUGCCCCCGUUCCGACCAACGUCGACCAACUCAGGCGAGGACGGCAGCCAGCCCAUCCCGUCGGACUACUGCCCGACUGGCUUCUACGCAUGUCUCGCUCGCGCCGGCGGAGGCUGCUGCCAGACCGGCCGCGACUGCGCCACAACGUCGUGCCCACCCACGCCAUCUACCACCAUCAUCAGCAACGGCGUCACUGUCGUCGUACCCGUCACCGAUGUGCCAGAGCCGCAGGCGACGGAGACGUGCGCCAGCGGCUGGUUUCUGUGCGGCGAGGAGGGCGGCCCCGUCCCCGGCUGCUGUCCGAGCGGGUACGAGUGCGGCACCGCGAGUUGCUCGAGCGUCUCACCCAGCCAGACGGGCGAGAUCCAAAAGCAUUUCCCCAACGCGGGAUCCAGGGCCGCGGUAUCUCUGGCCCUGAUGGCCGUUCCAUUCGUGUUUGCAUUGCUUUGA